AUGGACAAGAUGAAUGAUUGGUGUAUCGAACACCAUGGCAAGUCUGGUCUCACUAACAGAGUUCUCGAGUCAUCUAAAACUUUGGAAGAGGUUGAAAAUGAAUUACUUGAAUAUAUUAAAACAUAUGUCAAAGCACCAGGAAAAGGGGUGUUAGCAGGAAAUUCUAUCCACCAAGAUCGAAUGUUUCUUCGAAGAGAGUUUCCAAAGUUUAUUGAUUACCUGCAUUAUCGUCAAGUUGAUGUGUCUACCAUUAAAGAAGUUGGAUACAGACAUAAUCCAGACCUAAUGGCACAACUUCCACAGAAACGUUAUGGCCAUACAGCUAGAUCAGACAUAGAAGACAGCAUUGCUGAACUCAAAUGGUAUUAUGAAAAUUACUUGAUCCCUCCGUCUAAGAAUUGA